AUGCUGUUUUUGCUGUUGAAGGAAGUGGUAGUACUGUUUGAAAAAGGCAUGGAUCGAGAGGCCGAGCGAAUAAUACCAGUAAUGGAGAAUCAAGGUUUACUUGCAUUUGAGCUUUUCGAUGUUGCUGUUGCACGUGUCCGAAAAUGGUUCGAUCUAAGCGAAGUGGAUUUGAUGUCCCGUGGCUUGAGGCUUUCACUGAUUGAUAAUAGGUUGAUGCACUGUUUGCGUAAUUCCACGAAGGAAGUGGUCACUGCUCCUCCGGAUGAUAUCCUGAAACUGAUGCGGCAAGUGAGAAUGUCACUGGGAACUACUCUGCAGCCUGAUGACCGCUCAUUUCAAACAGACCAGCUUGCUGUCAAAUUUGAGGGGCUCAUAGCUGCACUCAGAUAG